AUGGAUCCAUGGAGAGAAUAUGAUGAGAUGUAUUAUGAUAAGCGCAAGAAAAUCAUUAUCUUAAUGGGAAUUGCUAUGGUAGCAGUGGAACAAUACAAAAAAUUAUUUCUUCAUAAACAACCAUAUCGUGGUGAGAGUCUUAGACGAUUCAUUGAGACAGAGAGAAUUAUUGGUGUGUCUGACUGCACAUGUCGGAGCAUCAUAAGAAUGAGCAGAAAAGCAUUCUUCUCUCUAUGUCAAUUGGUGCAAGAGUCAGACCUUCUUAUAGAUAGCCCAACAGUACGAGUCGAGCAACAGUUGGUAGUGUUCUUACAAACCAUUGCUCAUAAUUUGAAGAACCGAAAAGUAGUACAUGAUUUUGGCCAUUCGGGUGAAACUGUAAGCCGAUACUUUAAUUUAGUGUUGGGUGCUGUAAUAAAAUUGUACCCAAUACUACUCAAGCCACUGUGUACCACAACACAUAAGCGAAUCUCCAGUAACCGUAGAAGCUUCUACCCAUACUUUAAAGACUGUAUUGGAGCUAUUGAUGGUUCACAUGUUCCGGCUUGGGUAACACUUGACCAACAUCGUCGUUUUCGUGAUAGGCAUGGAGAAAUAUCUCAGAAUAUCUUAGCUGCAUGUGACUUUAAUAUGAAAUUCACAUACAUACUUUCUGGCUGGGAAGGAUCUGCUUCAGAUUCAAGAAUUUUGGAAGAUGCUCUACACAGAGAUGGUGAGGGACGGGUUUUGGUACCUCAAGGAAAAUUUUAUUUGGUUGAUGCAGGUUUUGCUAACCAAAAGGGGUUUCUGAGGCCAUAUCGUAAUGUGUGUUACCAUUUGAAAGAGUGGCAUAACUCAAACCAGUCUCCAACAGAUAAGAAGGAACUGUUUAACUUGCGGCAUUCCGAGUUAAGGAAUGUAAUUGAACGUGCAUUCCGCCUUUUGAAGUCUAAAUUUAAGAUUCUAAAAAGUCAAGCAAAGUACCCAUAUAAGACACAAACAAGGAUCGUGCUUGCAUGUGUUCUUAUACACAAUCAUAUUCUGACUGAAAAUAGUGCUCAAGAAGAAGAAGGUUUCAUUGCAGAUGAGGAAGCAGAGGCAAAAACUAAUGGACAGAAAACUCAGGAGGAAACAAAUAUGGUGGUUGAUAGUGAUGCUAGUGACAGUGAUAGUGAUGGGGAAGAUUUUCAGAAUGAGAACUGGGAACAAUUCCGGGAUGAAUUGGCUGACGUAAUGUGGGAUGAUUGGAUGGAAGGAGAUGUAGAGUCUGAGCAUGAUAGUGAUGAAACAAUUGGUGGUUCUGAAUGA